AAAUCUCCAAUCUCCUAUCUUGAACGUGGGGAAGGGGAAGAGUGUGUGUGUGAAGAAGACCUCUCUCUCUCUCUCUCUCUCUCUCUCCUUUCUAUUUCCAUAUUAGAUAUAUAGAUGAUGGAGGAAGAAGGGCUGCCGCUGAAAGAGAUUGCAUCCACACCAGUUCCGGUGGGUAGAGGGAGAAAUAAACUGGUGGAUAAUGGGGAGAGGAAAGAUCGCGAUCCGCAGGAUCGACGACACGACCAGCCGGCAGGUGACCUUCUCGAAGCGGAGGAACGGGCUGCUGAAGAAGGCCAAGGAGCUCGCCAUACUUUGUGACGCCGAGGUCGGCCUGGUGGUCUUCUCCAGCACCGGUCGCCUCUAUGAGUUCGCCAGCACCAGCAUGGAGUCUGUCAUAGAACGAUAUAGCAAAGCAAAAGAGGAGCGACAGCUAGUCAUGUCUGCCGCUUCUGAGGUUAAGUUUUGGCAAAGGGAAGCAGCAAGCUUGAGGCAGCAAUUGUAUAACUUACAACAAAAUUUGAGGCAAUUGACGGGGGAAGAAAUUUCUGGUCUUAGCGUUAAAGAUCUACAAAAUCUAGAGAACCAACUCAGAAUGAGCGUACGUAAUGUCAGAAUGAAGAAGGACCAACUCUUGGAAGAAGAAAUACAAGAACUGGAUCGAAAGGGAAGGCUUAUUCACCAAGAAAAUCUGGAACUAUACCAGAAGAUAAACAUGAUUCGUCAAGAAAACAUGGAAUUAUACAAAGAGAAUCAAUGUCAGGUCUAUGCAGCAAAGGGCAAAAAUGGUACUGACAGAGGCUCGAUUGUACCAUAUGAUUUCAGUAUCACAGAUGGGGCAGCAUACAAGCCCAUUCAUCUUCGAUUAAGCCAGCCACAGCCGAACGCAGACGGAAUCAAAACAGAGCCGCCUCCAAAUCUAAGACUUCAGCUACACUACAGAGAUGGUUAGUACGUCUAUUAUCUCAACGCUCAUGUUUGAAGUCCCAGGCGAGUGAUCUUUAAUUACGUGAAAGUGCAGCAGUGACAUCCCAAAAUAGUUUUUGCCACUUAUUAUGUGAAAAAUGAUGUGUGCAUGAUUCUAACAAUGAUCGAUUUAGUAGGAAGGGUGAGUGUUUGCUUAUUAAGAUUGUUUAAUUUAUGGACUCGUGGACACUGAUAUGAUGUUGAAUACCUUUCACUGUUGAACAAAUUGAGAACCAAA